UUACCAUGGAAAAGUCAGAAUGUACACUUUGAAGCUGUUCAUUAUUCAUUGAUCAAAACUUAUGGUGUAACCUUGGAUUUUCUUAAGAGAGAAAAGUGUUCAUAGUUUUAAAACUAUUUUUUUUUGGUGCCAGUUAUUGAUAAAGUUAUAUGAAAUUUGAUGAAAUAUUUCUUGGAUGUUUAUUACAUUUCAAGACAAAAUCAUUGCUAUUUAUUUGCAUGGAUGAGUAGAAAAGACCGUAAUAGAUGUUUAAGUUGGAAAUGAUGGAGAGCUAGUAUUCACAUAUUGUUAUUAAGCAUGAGGGAUUUAAUGGAUUUACGUUAAAACUGACCUAAAUGAGGACAAUAUCAGGAGUCUAUAGAGAUCCAUAAAUUUGAUUAUUUGUCUGCAGAAUCUUUACAUCAGACGAAAAAUCACGUCAUCAUCCGUUACAUCCCAAUUCAAAAACAACAGAUCACAAGAUUGUGUGUGGGAGAGUAUAGUUAGUCAUUUUUAUAAAAUUCAUAUUCAUAAACAGAAUUUUCUGGCGAAAACAUGCAAGACUAUGCUUCAAACUUCAUUGAUCAUUUCUGGAAACAUGACAAUGUUUUAAUGGCGGAAAAACCUGCCAGGGAAAUCAACAUUAUAAGUUAUUGAUGUUGUUGCCAUGGUGAUCUAAAGAACUAUUAUUAGGAUAAUUUCUUACGACGAAAAAGCUAUCAGAUAUCCUGCUUAGAAUGUAUAUAUAAAUAGAAAUCAUGGAGAUUUUGUGCGGUCUGAUGAGGAUGCAACAGCUCAAAACAGACUCCUCGUCGUCUGUCUGUCAUGAUACUUGUACAACUUAUUCCGCUCUCCAAGACACAGUCACUCUUCAGACAUGGAAACAAAGAACAGGUUACCAGUAACCGUGCACAUGAUUAGCGCAAUUUUCGGAUUACAUGGUGAUACGACAGACGACGAUAAUUACUCAAGCAGCAUGUCAAAUGCGAGCAACAUUUCAAUUCUUCCUUCACCAAUAAGGAUGACUUCAACGGAUGAGUAUAUCUCACAGGAGAGUUUACGAUCCAUAAAAUUUGCAUUUGGAAUGAUUAUAAUACCAACCCUUUCUUUAUUUGGAGCCGUUGGGAACAUUUUAAGUUUGGUGGUACUAUUUCAACAGCGAAUGAGAAGUGCUACCAAUUUUGUUUUAGCUGCUCUCUCAUUGUCCGAUUUCUUGUUUUUAAUUCAUAGCCUACUUUUCUCUGGGAUUAACAUCCAAAUCUACUUGGAUCCAUUCCAUGGAAAAAAUGUUCGGAAUAUCAUGUAUCCUGUGUUUGGAGCCUACGGAAGUUUGGUGACGGCUCGGAUUACGUCAUGGUUGACUGCGUUGCUUAGUGUGGAACGUUUCAUAGCUGUUCACUUUCCAAUGAAAGCAAGACGGCUUUGUAGUAAGAAACAUACACUUAUUGGGAUAUUUCUCAUCUACGUUUUCACAAUUAUCAUGUUUUUACCAUACGCACUUAAAUACAAGGUUAUACAGAGGACCAAAAUGAACAUGACUUACUCCAUUUUGCUGAAAUCCGAUAUCGGAGCUAAUGUUGAUUUCUACGAGACCUACGGAAUUCUCAUGAACAUCUUGUUCCGGUUUUUUCCAAUACUUGUGUUGUUCAUUCUAAACCCUUUGAUAAUUUAUGUGGUUAAAAAAACAUGGACGCGGCGUCAGAGUAUGACUUCAAAUGUACAAACACGAUACAAGCAUGGCUCGGGAGAACAGUCACACAUUACCAUAAUGUUGAUGAUAGUGACGUUUCUGUUUGCUUUCUGUAUUUUACCUGGCGCCAUAAACAGUACGGCUUCCCAUAUAUGGAGAGAAUAUUCGAAAUUUGGAAAGGCAAGAAAUUUAAAAGAAUGUAUUUCAUAUAUAACUUAUUUUUUAGAGACCUUGAAUUCCUCUGUGAACUUCUUAAUCUACAUGGCUCUUAGUAAAAAGUUCUGUGUUACUUACAAGGAAACGUUCUGUUGUCAAAAACCACAGAAUCGUUCAAUAAGCUGGGGUAGUUAUCAUUCGAAGGAGAGGACCAUGGAAAAUCGUAAUCCCAGGAAGGCAGCAUUGAUGAGUGCUAGUACAGAUUCUAGAUACUAUGUUAUUGAAAACAAGAUAAAUAUGGAGCCUUUACGAUCUCUCUCACAGGGACACUGAGACCGCUGUGACUUACGAAUGCGUACAGGUAUAUACUAUUAUAACUUUGAUGGCAGGUAACAUUGGCCUAACAACUGCUAACACUGCCCAGCUCAUCAUGAUAUCAAAUAAAAUAAUUUUGUAAAAAAUAUCAUAAAGAAUUAUUGACUGCAAUAAAAAUGGUAAUUGCAACUAAA